UGAACCACUAGAGCACUGGCCAGUCGCCAAAUUAGCGCGUAGAUUAGCGUCUCUUCAGUCUUCGAUUCUAUCUUUCUCCCUUUCUAAUUUUACACGACCAGUCGAAUCCACACCACCACCACAUGCCAUGACCACCACAACUCUCUUAGCAUAAUCAACUCAGAUUUCUAAUUUUCAGUCUUAAUCAAAUCAAAAUCGUUUCGUUCUGUUUUGUUUUGAAGAGUUUGUUGUGCUUUUGUUUUUUUUUUUUUUUUUUUUUUUUUGGUUUUCAUGGCCGAGUUGACUCAAGCCGAGGUGGUUUACUCACCUCGCUGGUCUAUUCAAGUAUGGAGAAGCUUUUUGAACUGGCUGGGUUUCUUCUUCCAGAUCUUCUCUAAGAUUAUAACAGCUCUCGGUCACCAUCCGCUACUCUCUUCUUCGGCUUCGGCCUCAACUCACGCUUUCAAUCCGCUGCCAGUUGUGGAGCUGCCAGAGUCUGAUUUUCCGGCGGCCGUGGAGAUCGCUGGGGUCAGAGACUCCGUUGAUGACAUGGCUACCGUUGAGCGUGCCGAGAAACUCACGGUAGUUCUUGAUUUGGAUGAAACUUUAGUAUGUGCAUAUGAGACAUCUAGUCUGCCUGUUUCUCUAUGCAGUCAAGCAACCGAAGCUGGUGUGAAGUGGUUUGAGUUGGAAUGCUAUUCUUUAGACAAGGAAAAUGAAGGAAACCCUAAGGUCAAUUAUGUUACGGUGUUUGAGCGUCCAGGAUUGCAUGAGUUUUUAAAACAAGUGAGCGAAUUUGCAGAGCUUAUACUGUUUACUGCUGGUCUUGAAGGCUAUGCUAGACCACUUGUUGACAGAAUAGAUGAAGAAAAUCUGUUUAGCCUUCGACUUUAUCGGCCUUCAACAAUUAGCACGGAGUAUCGGGAACAUGUUAAGGAUCUCUCAUGCCUGUCGAAAGAUUUAUGUCGUACUGUUAUUGUUGAUAACAAUCCGUUCAGUUUCUUGUUGCAACCUCUGAAUGGAAUCCCAUGCGUUCCAUUUUCAGCUGGGCAACCACAAGACACACAGCUUCUCAAUGUCCUUCUUCCACUUCUCAAGCAACUUUCUCUGGAGAAAGAUGUGAGACCUAUGCUCUAUGAAAAAUUCCACAUGCCUGAAUGGUUUCAAAAGCAGGGAAUCCCUUCUUCUAGAUUUGUAGGAUAAAGACUUUAUGAAGGCGGCCAAUCUUCUUGUUCAAUUCCAUUCAGCCUUUUCUGGUAGCAGCAUCUCAUCAUUGUUCGCAGUGACUUCUCGUAUAGCAUUAAUCUGCGUACUGGAGGCACUGACAGAAGCCAAAAGUUUCAUAGUUACACAAAGGAAUUAUCUGCUACCUCUGUGAAAUAGAUAUACCAUUAAUGUAUCUAGAUUUGUUUAAACUCUUGAUUCUUGUGUAACUUGUUCAUAUGAUUGCUGUCUGUCAGAUGUUUCUAUGUAUCUUUCAGAAUUUUGUAAAUUUGUUGUGGAUCAAUAUUUACUUGCAGGUCA